GCCAGCGAGGACCCCACACAGCCAAGAUGGCGGCGCCCGUGCGGCGUUCUCGCAGCCUGCUCGGGCUGGCGACAACACUGGGCCCAGGCUUCCGUACCUACCGGGCGCCCCCGCCCCCGCGCCGCUCGCCUGGGCCCUGGUGGCCAGAUCCGGAUGAUCUACUGACCCCGCCAUGGCAGCUGGGGCCGCGCUACGCGGCCAAGCAGUUCGCGCGGCACGGCGCAGCCUCCGGGGUGGACCCCGGUUCUCUGUGGCCGUCGCAGGAACAGCUGCGCGAGCUGGAGGCUGAGGAGAGCGAGUGGUACCCGAGCCUGGCGGCCAUGCAAGAGUCAUUGCGGGUGCGGCAGCUGGCCGAGGAGCAGAAGCGUAAGGCCAGGGAGCAGCUCAUUGCAGAGAGAAUGGCCAAGAUGCCACAGAUGAUUGAGAACUGGCGGCGGCAGCAGCAGGAGCGCAGGGAGAAGGAGAAGGCAGACAAGGAGCGGCGAGCCCGGCUGCAGGCUGAAGCCCAGGAGCGCCUGGGCUACGACGUGGACCCAAGGAGUACCCGUUUCCAAGAGCUGCUGCAGGACCUGGAGAAGCAGCAGCGCAAACGCCUCAAGGAGGAAAAACAAAGACAGAAGAAGGAGGCAAGAACUGCUGCAAUGGCUGCCACUGCAGACCAGGACCCAGCAGCCUCCAUGGCACCCAGCUCCUGAGCUUUUCUUUCUCAAUAAAACCUGCUGCCCAGCAGCCUUACUCCUGGA